GCAGCACUAACACAUAUUUAAGAACAACAGGUUCUUGCUGAAUUUUAGCAACAAAUAUGUUUAAUCCUUCUCGACAGCAAGUGCUGCGGCUUUAUAAGCAUCUCAUCAAAUACGGCAAUCAUUUAAAGCUAACGGAUAAGAAUUAUUUCCUUGGUCGAGUGCGACACGAGUUCCGCGAAAAUAGACAACUAACAAACGCUCAAGAAAUUGAGUUUAAUUUUAAGCGUGGCGAAACAUUGCUGAAAAAAGGGCGCAUACUCUAGUAAUGCUCAAAUUGCGUUCCUUAGCUGGUUCACUCUCCAGCAAUCUCUGUCGGCUGG